AUGCUACCGGGCUUGCUGCUGCUCUGCACACUCCUUUGGGCUCACACGGCGACGGCCAGACCCGCCAGCCAAACCGUCUUCGCCGCCGAUGCCUCGUUCUCCCCGCUCGACGAUUCUCAUCACUCGCCGUCGUUCUCGCCGCUGCUGCCACCUGCAAUCCCGCUAGCAGUCAAGUCACCAUACCUGAACGCCCUCCUUCCCACGGGCGGUGACGCUGGAUCGAAGGGUUGCCUCGCCGGUUCUUGGGCCCGGCACUGGCCCGUCCACUACCCAGGCUCUCUUCGAGACUACCGCCUGUCCUGGGCAGGCUUAAUCCGCAUCGACGGCACGACCUACGAGUUCCUCGGCGCUCCCCUCUCUGACGCGAAGAGCCCGCUCGGUCCAGCUCGAGUCGCCCGUCAGACCGCCUUCGAGUACACUGCGACCAAGUCGGUCUUCUCGUUCGAGGCGGGAAACGUCACGUUCAAGGCGACCUUCCUCUCUCCCGUGACGCCAAACGACCUCGUUCGCCAAUCGCUCCCUUUCUCCUACCUCACUAUCGACGUCGAGCCCGACGCAGCUCGAGACUACACCAUCUCCGUCUAUACCGACAUCUCCGGCGAAUGGGCUUCAGGCGACCCGAACGCCAACCUCACCUGGACCUAUACUUCCGGCUCGGGCGUUGGUGUGCAUGCCGUCUCGCGACGAGAGCAGCUCGUCUUCAGCGAGUUUGCGGAACAGGCGGAGUGGGGCGAGGCGGUCCUCGCGACUGAGCUGCGUCGCGAGACCGUCGGCGGAUCAGGCGAGGCGAACGAGUUGCGCAGGACGUUCGUCAAGCACGGCCGACUCGACGGGACGCACGAUGCCGCCUACCGGAAGAUGGGCGACCGCCAGCCCGUCUUCGGCUUCUCCGUACAAAUCACAUCAACCAGGCCGAGCGCGGUCUUCACGAUCGGGCACGUCCGGCAUCCUUACGUUAACUUCGUCACCCCCGAAGGCCAGAUCCCGCUCGCAGGACUCUGGACGACCCGCUUCUCCCGCCCACUCGACGCCUUCUCCUACUUCCAGUACUCCUUCCCUCGCACCUUCCGCGAAGCCGCACGCUUCGAUGAGCAAGUCCGACGAGACGCCAAGCGCGUCUCAGGCGACAACUACGCUGCGCUGGUCGAGCUCUCGACUCGUCAGGCGUUCGCGACGUUCGAGUUGACGACUGGCGUGACGGAGGACAAGGAGGGCGUAAUGGCUCACAUGAAGGAGAUCUCGAGCAACGGCGACAUGUCGACUAUCGACGUCAUCUUCCCUCUCCACUCGAUCCUGCUCUACACGAACCCGACCCUCCUCGCACUCCUCCUCGAACCGAUACUCAUCUACACCCACUCGGGCUUGUACCCGAAUCGAUGGCCGGUCCACGAUCUCGGGACGUACCCAAACGCAACGGGCUACAAUAGCGGAAACGACGAGCCGAUGCCGGUCGAAGAGGCAGGAAAUAUGCUCUGGAUGGCACUCGCCUACUUCCAGCUCACCGCCGACAAGCCCUGGGUCGAGAAGCAUUACGAGGUCUUCAAGUCCUGGACAACAUUCCUCACCGACGACGGUCUCGUGCCGGCCGAGCAGCUCAGUACGGACGACUUCGCCGGGACGCUCUCGAACCAGACGAAUCUCGCUGUUAAGGCUAUCGUCGGGAUUGGCGCGAUGAGCGAGUUGGCGAAGGGAGUUGGGAGGUGGACAGACAGCAUUCACUAUCGAGCAGUGGCCGAGGCGUACGUGCGCGAGUGGACGGCGCUGGCGAUGACGGAGACGGGCGGAGCUAGACAUGCGAAACUGGCGUACCAGGACGACGGCUCGUGGGGUACUCUUUACAACCUUUUCGGAGAUCGUCUCCUCAACCUCAAGCUGUUCGACCGCCAGCUGUACAAGGACCAGAGUGCUUGGUAUGCCGGCAAGGCGCAGAAGUACGGCGUCCCGCUAGACUCGCGGCAUCUGUGGACGAAGACGGACUGGGAAGUAUUCGCAGCCGCCUCGGCGACCGACAAGAAGGGACGCGAGCUGUUCAUCGACCUCCUCGUCGACUACCUCAAAGCCGGCAAAGUCGAUGCCGCCUUCCCCGACCUCUACGAAACGACUACCGCCAACUUCCCCGGCCGCGACGGACUCGACUGGCCCAUCUAUUUCAUCUCGCGACCCGUCGUCGGCGGACAUUUUGCGCUCCUCGCGCUUGAGAAGGCGAACGGCGCGAACGGCGUCGAGGAAGAUCCGUUUGGCGGAUGA